AAGAACGCUAAAACAGAACAGAAGCUGGACGGCGAGGUGAGCCGUGAGCAACAGCGCUCGGCGGGCGGCGCUUGGAAGUCCAAAUCCAUGGCUCCAGGAGUCCACGCCCCCAGGCCGGCGGCGCCGAUGGCCGCCGCGGCGCCUCCGCAUCCUAGGCCUCGGCACAUGCUCGUGCUCGGCACCGGCUUCGUCGGCCGCUACGUCUCCGAGCGCCUCCUCACGCAAGGAUGGAGGGUGUCCGGGACGUGCACCGGCCCUGCCAAGAAGACGGAGCUCGAGAUGCUGGGCAUGGAUGCUUCGGUCUUCGACGCCACAAGCAACAGUUUGGCGAAUCUCAAGUUCCUGCGAGAUGCAACUCAUUUGCUCAUCUCCAUUCCACCCAUCCCUGGAAUUGGUGAUCCUUUGCUUUCUUCACAUCCUGACCUGCAAAGAACACUAAACUAUGGUAAUCUUCAAUGGUUAUGUUACCUUUCUUCAACAAGUGUGUAUGGUGAUUGUGGUGGUUCAUGGGUUGAUGAGGAUCAUACAGUGAAUCCAACGAGCGAGUCUGCUAAAUUAAGAUAUGCAGCUGAAAAAGGAUGGUUGAAUGUUAUGGAUGAUCUAGAUCUAUCAGCCUUUAUAUUUCGUUUGGGUGGAAUAUAUGGGCCAGGAAGAAGUGCCGUGGACACAAUAGCUAAGAGCAAAUCUUUGUCACAAAGACAGAAAUUGAGGGAAUCAAAACAGUACACUACACGAAUUCAUGUGGCUGACAUUUAUCAGGCUGUCCUGGCUAGCAUGAGCAUCAGAAGUGCAAGGAGAAUAUACAAUGUGGUGGACGAUGACCCUGCCCCAAGAGCUGAGGUUUUCGCAUUUGCUCGGAACUUGGUUGAGAGAAAGCAUCCCAGUUUGAUAAUGCAUCCUGCAGUGCCAGCAACCGAGGACAGAACUGUAGCUGGUGAGAAACGGGUCUCUAAUGCUCGGCUAAAAGGGGAACUUGGUGUAAGGCUUCUUCACCCAAGUUAUAAAUCAGGGCUUCAGAGUAUUCUGGAUUCUUGGCGCGCAGAGUCUUAAAAAAAUUGGUGAGUUUAAGCUUAUGUACAUAGCGGUACUGUUUUGGUUUUGUACUUAGCCAGAACAAUUAUAACUCAAAAAAAGGUGAAGGACAUCACAUUUUUGGCAGAAUGGU